GCGUCUGUGGUUCUUUAGCGUUAGUUCCGGGUGUAGCAGCAUGGCGGCGCUCAGUUACUAGUAUUGUGUAUUGGCUGGGUAUUUGACUCCAGCUUGCGUACAUUACACUCACAUUGUUAUGCGCAGAUGGUUUUGCCCCUUUCCGGAGCGUAUGUUUCACGGCUGGGAUCCUGAUCCACAAAGGACCGGGCUAUACACCUCUUUUUGCCUCCAGUCGCUGGUGAGGGAUGGACUUCCUCUGGCUUUUCAUCACCUACGUGACUUUCCUCGUCGUUUGCAUCUUCGCUUUCUGCUUUCUCUCCGAGAGAUCGAGGAACGGGCUGGACAGAGUGUUACACAGAGCCGACACGGUUCUCUCUCUUGUUUUACCCACUUGGCUGCAGCGACGCUACAAAAGCAGCUUCCAAACAAGGAAUGGAGCCUUUGUUAUUCUGCACCUGAUUUUAGACAUUCUGGUGUUUGCUGAAUACAGUUGGGAAGUGCUUGGCUACUGUCUGGAGCUGGAAAUGAACUGGCCCUUUAUUUUUCUGCCGUACGCCUGCAUUUCAGUCAACCUCUACUUCUUCUACCGUUGCUGUGCCGCUGACCCAGGGAUCGUGAACAGGAAGAAUGAAGCCUCCUACGUGCAGCUAUACGAAUAUGACUCCAUCUUGUUCCACCCCGAGAAUCAAUGCCCAACCUGCCAGCUAACAAAGCCUGCUCGCUCCAAGCACUGCAGCGUAUGCGGCUGCUGCGUUCACAGAUUUGACCAUCACUGCGUUUGGGUGAAUAACUGCAUCGGAGGAUUGAAUAUGCGAUAUUUCCUGAUCUACCUGAUCAGUUUGACCCUCACUGCUCUCUCCUUGGCCGCGGUCAUUACUGCAUUCCUCCUGAAGGUGGUGCUGCUCUCUCACAUGAUGUCGGCGACCUUUAUCGAUCCUGAUGGGCUCGAGCAGUUGGUGAACAUGGUUUUCAUUAUCCAGCACCUUUUCAUGACCUUUCCCCGGAUCGUGUUCACAUUGGGGUUCCUGUGCGUCCUGGUGCUGCUCCUUGGAGUAUACAGCGCCUUCAUGUUGUACUUGGGCCUCACCAACCAGACCACCAAUGAGUGGCACAAGCUGAAGGGGAGGAGCCUGGCUGCAGGCUCACGGAAAGGAUAUUCUAAAGGAAUUCUGGGUAACAUUCUAGAAAUAUUCCAGCCCCGCACUUGUCAUAAAAAGGACAGAUAACAACCCUAUGAGCUGCUGUGGCUCAACGGUUACAUGAGAAGCCGUGGCCCAUACAGACAAGGACGGGGGCGGAGAUUAAAUAUAAGCAGCUGUCUGUGCAACAGCAUAUGAUUGGAUGUUGAGUGAAAUAGAAACAGGACCAGACUGGUCAUGUGACAAAGGCCAGUUCCAGCGUAAAGCAGAAAGUCAGCAGCUUAUUGGCCCUUGGAUGGAGCUAAAAUGAUGGCCUCUUAUGUAUUGGGCAGGUUUGAAAAUAUUGUCAAGUAAGACUGCAUUGGACCACAGAUGCUCCCGUUUCCUAAUACGUCAUCAAUUACAAAGGUCCUUGAUAAAGACCCUAAUGUGGAAUGUUGGAAGCACAAGUAGGAUAAAUUAAAAUAUGAUGGUUCACUAAUAUUGGAGUGCGGGUCCAUUUGAACACUCUCUCUAUAUCUAUCUAUUUCUAAAUCUAUUUCUUUGUCUCUUUAGGGAUGCACGGAAGCCACUAUUUUGGAUUCAGCCGAACCGCGAAUACGGAAGAAUUGGCCGAAUAUGCAAAUUAGGGGUGGGAAGGGGGAAACCUUUUCUACUCUUGUUUUAUGACAAUGUCACACGAUUUUCCUCCCAGCCCCUAAUUUGCAUAUGCAAAUUAGGAUUCCGUUUGGCCAGGCAUAAGGAUUCAGGCGAAUCUGAAUCCUGCUGAAAGGCCGAAUCCUGGAUUCGGUGCAUACCUAAUUUCUGUUCUCUAUUUCUUUGUCUAUAUCAAUAUCUCGCUCUGUAUUAACACACACACUAGAGUCCUGUGCGAAACCAAUGUUAAAUCCGACCCGCAUACUUACCCACUUGGACCCACUACCCGACCCGCAAGCACUUUAUCCACAACCCAAACCGCUGACCAUCAAGAAACAGGAAGUGACAUCAUUAGAAGUAGGCGUGAUCAGAAAAAAGGAGUAAAACUCGCUAUUGAGAAGACCCAUGACCCGCAAACCUGGAGAACCGCAUCUAUACCCGCAGGAAACCCGCUGCAAGACUCUAACACACCUGCCCUCGUACUGUAGUAGCUGUCACACAUCUGUUUCAUAGAUGGCAUUAAAAGUUUUAUCUUUGUACUCCCUCCACCCAUUUUAUAAACAAUCCAAAACUGCUGCACAAGUGACCAAUCCAAAUGUCUAUGUUGUGCAUUAAUUAGAAAAUGACACACAAUCAGCAUCACACUGCUUGUAUAACCCGUGUCCAUUUGAUUACUUGCAAAUAAAGGGAAGAUAAACCACA